GCGGGGGCUGCCGGGAUUGGGGCGCCACAGCUUGCGCCGGUCUCGGUGGCCGCUCCUCCGUGUCGCAGGGCUUGGCUCUGCGGGAUAUGUCCGUGCCGCGCUCGCCGUGCGCCCGGGCCUGCUAGUUCCCCGGGGCUGCCUGAACGCGCGGCGCCGCACCUGGCAGCGGCCUCGGAGCCCGGCUCGGGCAGGAGCGCGCGGCCGUGCGCACCGCGCCGCGACCGCUGCCGUCAUGGGGCUGCAGCCCCUGGAGUUCAGCGACUGCUACCUCGACAGCCCGUGGUUCCGGGAGAGGAUCCGCGCUCACGAAGCGGAACUCGAGAGGACCAACAAGUUCAUCAAAGAGCUUAUCAAGGACGGGAAGAACCUCAUCGCUGCGACCAAAAGUUUGUCGGUGGCCCAGCGGAAGUUUGCUCAUUCACUCAGAGACUUUAAGUUUGAGUUUAUCGGUGAUGCUGUGACAGAUGAUGAACGAUGCAUAGAUGCUUCCUUACGUGAAUUUUCAAAUUUUUUGAAGAAUCUGGAGGAACAGAGAGAAAUUAUGGCAUUAAGUGUGACUGAAACCCUGAUUAAACCCUUGGAAAAAUUCAGAAAAGAGCAACUUGGAGCUGUAAAGGAAGAAAAAAAGAAGUUUGACAAAGAGACAGAAAAGAAUUAUAGUCUAAUUGAUAAACAUUUGAAUUUAUCAGCAAAAAAGAAAGACUCACAUUUACAAGAGGCAGAUAUCCAAGUGGAGCAGAACCGGCAACACUUCUAUGAACUGUCUCUCGAGUAUGUGUGUAAGCUGCAGGAAAUCCAAGAACGAAAGAAGUUUGAGUUUGUGGAACCUAUGCUGUCAUUUUUUCAGGGGAUGUUUACCUUCUAUCAUCAGGGCCAUGAACUUGCCAAAGACUUCAAUCACUACAAAAUGGAACUACAGAUCAACAUUCAGAAUACACGGAAUCGAUUUGAAGGAACAAGGUCAGAAGUGGAAGAGCUUAUGAACAAAAUCAGACAGAAUCCCAAGGACCACAAACGAGCAAGUCAGUUUACAGCAGAAGGCUACCUGUAUGUCCAGGAAAAAAGGCCUGCUCCGUUUGGUUCCAGUUGGGUAAAACACUAUUGCAUGUAUCGAAAAGCAGCGAAGAAGUUCAACAUGAUCCCAUUUGAGCACAGAUCUGGAGGGAAACUUGGAGACGGAGAGGUGUUCUUUUUGAAAGAAUGCACCAAGAGGCAUACUGACUCCAUUGACAGAAGGUUUUGUUUUGACAUAGAAGCUGCUGAUCGGCCUGGCGUUUCCUUGACCAUGCAGGCAUUUUCUGAAGAGGAAAGGAAGCAGUGGUUGGAAGCUCUGGGUGGAAAGGAAGCUCUGUCCCAUAGUUUUAAUACAGCCAUCAUCCCAAGACCAGAAGGAAGUGCACAGUUGGAUAAGUUGGGGUUCACAAUUAUCAGAAAAUGCAUCAGUGCUGUUGAAACACGAGGUAUAAAUGACCAAGGAUUGUACAGAGUUGUAGGGGUGAGUUCAAAGGUCCAGAGACUUCUCAGUAUGUUGAUGGGGAAAAUCAGACAUGCGGACACAGUGAAAGAUGUAAAAACGUGCCAUGAGGUGGACCUGGAGAAUUCUGCAGAUUGGGAAGUGAAGACAAUAACAAGUGCCCUGAAACAGUAUUUGAGGAGCCUUCCAGAGCCUCUCAUGACCUAUGAGUUACAUGGAGAUUUCAUUGUUCCAGCCAAAAGCGGCAGCCCGGAAUCUCGGGUUAAUGCGAUCCAUUUCUUGGUACACAAACUGCCAGAGAAGAAUAAAGAGAUGUUGGACAUUUUGGUGAAACACUUAACAAACGUUUCAAAUCACUCCAAGCAGAACCUGAUGACCGUGGCAAACUUAGGAGUGGUGUUUGGACCAACUCUGAUGAGGCCACAGGAAGAAACUGUCGCUGCCCUCAUGGACUUGAAGUUUCAGAAUAUUGUUGUGGAAAUCUUAAUUGAGAACCAUGAAAAGAUUUUUCGGAUGCCGCCCGAUACCACAUUCCCUGAGCCGACCUGCCUGUCAGCAUCACCCCCAAAUGCGCCACCAAGGCAGUCAAAGAGACAAGGCCAGAGAACCAAGAGGCCCGUGGCCGUCUACAAUCUUUGUCUGGAGCUGGAAGAUGGUGACAAUCCUAACCCUUCCAAGGAGGACACCCCUACUGGCAGUCUGGACUCACUUUCCUCCCCGUCUCCCGUGACUGCAGCUCUCCCUGGGCCUCCUGGACCAGACAAAAACCACCUUCUGGCAGACGGAGGGAGCUUUGGAGACUGGGCAUCCACUAUCCCAGGUCAGACCCGAUCAUCUAUGGUCCAGUGGCUUAACCCACAGUCUCCAACCACAACAAGCUCCAACCCAGCUGUGACACCUCCUUCACCCGGGUCAUCCCCUUUCCUCUUUUCUCCUCCUGCUACUGUAGUGGACAAGCCACCUGAAAGUGUCAGCAGUCGGAAGGCUCGAGCCGUGUAUCCGUGUGAAGCAGAACACAGCUCGGAAUUAUCUUUUGAAAUAGGAGCAAUUUUUGAGGAUGUACAAACCUCCAGGGAGCCUGGCUGGCUAGAGGGGACUCUGAACGGCAAGAGGGGGCUGAUUCCACAGAAUUACGUCAAGCUGCUGUAGCUCCUGGACGCAGAGCCCCUGCUGACCCUGGCACCUAGGGAACUGCCUGGGGGCAGAGAGCCACCUUCCUCCUCCGAGGCUCUGGGCUGCACCCACAGGUACCUCCACACUUGGGAGUUACCAUCAUCACAAUCAGCCUUGGGGGUGGGGGGUGGGCGGGGAUGGGAACGCACCGCACUGAACUGUGAUUGUGGAUCAGGAGGGGGAAUGUCAGGAUUCGCAGAAUGGACUUUUCAUUUGUCAAGUAUCGGGACUUGUGAGUUUUAAUUAUCCAGCAUAUAGAAUGAGAGGGAGGGCAGCCUUCUGCCACCCGUGUCGCCCCCACUGGCAGUCACAUCACCAGAGCCACCCUGGCUCCCUCUCCUCCCCGAGCACCUGCUGCUGCGAUGUUAAAGGGAACUGUGCUGCUCACAGCGAUAGGUCUGCAGAGCGCAUGCCUGGCUCCGGCGGCCUGGCUGCGAGAGGCUGCUGCUGGUGCGGGGGAGAUGGUCCCAAGCCAGAGGGAGGCAGAGAGACGUGCUUCUCCAGCCUACUCUUCCUAGACGGCCACCUGCAGGACCCCACGUCACUGCACUGGCGACGUGCACUGGCGUAUUUGUAACAGGCUUCUCGGUGCUCCUCACCCGUGUGCUCUUUUCCAAACACCACCUUUUUGCCUCAAGGUCUCUGUAAAUGAAAUAAACUGUAAUUUACUA